AUGGAAGAUCUACGAGCAAAGUAUGAAAGAUUGCUGGAAGCGCGCGCGAAUGCUAAGCCCAGUGAGAACAUGGUUGGAAAAUGUAUGACCUUCUGCCCAGAGCUCGAGGGUCUGGAGCGGGUACUGAACAACGAUGUGUCUCCCUAUGAGGCGGAGGUGAUGAUAAAAAAAUAUCGUAAGCCAUCUUCGGGAAAGCAUAGGGAGCUUCCCGAGGAUGUAAGGCCAGUGGAGGUGCUUGUUGGCGUAAUAAACCAUGUCAUCAAACUCUGUGCCGGUGAUCAAAGCAUUCGGAUGUACAGGUUUGCAGAUAACGGAAUCAGGGCUGUCAUAUCAGACAUGAGGAUUCAAAACGAAAAAGGCAAGGCUGCGAUUGAAAUACUUGAAAAGGCAGCCAGGUUUUACAUCGUCUUCCGGUAUUUGCUGCACGACCAUCCUCACUUCAACAAGGACAUGAACUUAGGACAGCUCAAGGUUGUGAUAGCCAGCCUCAUAAGGCUGUACGGACUCGGGGAGGCCGGGUGCAAAGAGAAGGAUAACCGAGAGGAGUUUUACUGUUAUCACAUUCUGGCAUCCAUGGGGGAGAGAUACGUUGCAGGGAUCCAGGGAUGGAUCGGUGGGGGAAGAUGUAGACUGCCUACAGAAAUCACGAAGAAAUACAUGCAGAACAACGCAUCUGGAUUCUUUAGGCUCCUAAGAAGACUUGAUUAUCUUGCGUUCUGUUUGGCACAGUCGUUUGCAGGAGAGAUCAGGGCAAAGUCUGUCCAGAUGUUCAGAAAGUCUCUUGCAGAAAAAGUGAAUAUUGAAUUCUUUGGAGAUGUCCUGUGGGCUGAUGAGUCCGAGAUUGAGGAACUGAUGAAGAGAAAAGGAGUUGUGGUGAAGUCUGGGAAGGUGGAUUUUGAGGAAAAGGGAGGUGGAGAGGAAUAUGAGAAAGUCGUGCCUAGUAGCAGAAGAAUAGAGACAAGCGUGAAAGCCCCCAUAGUGUUUAUGCUUCAUGGAUGUAUUGACUAUAAGAUCUCAACGGCUAUUCUUUGUGCAGUACUCCGGAAAAGACUUGAGGCUCUUAGGUUGCCUUUAGGUGACCGGCACCCUCAGGAUGAGGAUAGGGAGCGUUCUGCGGGGAAUAGACUGUUUGCAAAAAAAAUGUGUAUUGCCAUCCUGGACGAAGUUGUCCGAAAAAUCGCUGUCGAGGUAUUCUCCAGGAUUAUGCUCCUGAACACACUGAGAAGGUAUCUUACGGGGUGGAAGGAUGAGGCAGCGAAAAGGAACAAGAAUGCCCCAGUCAAGAACAGAUAUCUUCUGCUGGUCGUCCUAGAUAGAGAGAUAUCCUCAGUCUCGUUUAUGGGAUGCAUCAACUCCUCUGUCUUGAAUACGCUUGUACCUGUGAUCACGUAUAUCGAUAAAACAACAGUAGACGAGAUGCUGAUGUACAAUCUUUGUGUCUUUUCUGUCUCAAAGAGCAAGCGUGAAGAGAUAUACAGCAGAUAUCGUAUGAUCAACCUUAUUGCUGACACACCCCAAGGCCUCUCCAAAAGGGUCGAAGAAAUCUACGAAAGAGCUGUGAACGCAUUGAAAGUCAGGAAGUCUACUCUGUUUGCCUUCAUCGAUGGAAUGGACAAGGUGCAAGCAAUAGAAGCGAUAGUCAGGCUGAUAGAUAACGGGAGGAAUGGAGACAUCCUGGAGGGCAACCUUGCUUUGUUAUACGAGGGCAAACCGCUUGUCGAAUGCGAUAUUUAUUACGAAGAGGAAGGUGUUGAUUAG